AUGGAACCAGCACCAAUUAAAGAAAAAGCUUCGACAACAGUGACUAGUACCCCACCUUCUAAAACAACACGGUGUUCAUCAUGUGUCAGCAAGGGGGUGCCACAGCCUCAUGGGGAUCGUACGUGUGAUAAAGCUUGUCCUUAUUUUUCGGAAUGGAGAGAACAGCAGAAGAUUCAGUCCAGCAGCGUGCAACAACAGACUGCUGAGAGACUGCUGGAGGAAGAAGAAGCUAUCGCUAACCUUAAACUGACACAACGGCCAGAACAAGAGAAACAACAACAACAAAGUAUUGUGAAUGAACGAGCAACAGCGGAAACAACACGUGAAAUGGAUCAAGAAUUAAAGAAAGGGGUGAUGCGGGAAGCUGCCAAACUCAUCACCAGUGCCCCUGGAUGUGACCCGUUGGAAGAACUGGCUUGUGUAGACGCUGAUUUAAGUUCUAGUGGAAGUAUUGGCAUUAACAACUAA